CGGGGACCUGAGGGGAGCGGGCGCAGCCAGCGAGGGUCUCGCCAGACGGCGACAGGGAUUGGGAAGGGGAAUGUUUCCUUUUGGCUCUGCCCUUUGGACCUCGGAGUGAGAGACUCUAACACUCAAAUUUAUUGGGUGAAAUACCCCGAGCGGCGUCUUUUCUCCUGCGGCACGUCACUCAGGCACGCUGAGGGCAGCCCCUGUGGGGUCCUCGUGACCAGCCAAGAUGGCUGCCCCCGUGGUGAGGGCUACGCGCGGGUGGCUGGGCCUGUCGCCUGGCGUGCGAGGGACUGUUCUGCGCCUUCCAGGUCUAACCCAGGUGAGGUGGAGCCGCUAUGGCCCCGAAUACCAGGAUCCCCAGAUUGACAAGGAAUACUACCGCAAGCCCUUGGCGGAGCAGACUGAGGAGGAGAAGUAUGAACGAGAGCUCAGGAAGACUCAGCUCAUCAAAGCCGCCCCAUCGACGAAAUCAAGCUCUGUGUUUGAAGACCCAAUGAUCAGUAAAUUCAUCAACAUGAUGAUGAAAGGAGGAAACAAAAUCCUGGCCAGAUCCCUCAUGACACAGACUCUGGAAGCUAUGAAAAGGAAGCAGUUUGAGAAGUACCAAGCUGCUUCUGCAGAGGAACAGGCGACCAUCGAACGCAACCCCUACGUCAUCUUCCACCAGGCACUGAAAAACUGUGAACCUGUGAUUGGGCUGGUACCCAUCCUCAAGGGUGGCCACUUCUACCAGGUCCCUGUGCCCCUAGCCGACAGGCGUCGCCGCUUUCUGGCCAUGAAGUGGAUGAUUACCGAGUGCCGGGAGAAGAAGCACCGGCGGACACUGAUGCCAGAGAAGCUGUCAGAUGAGCUGCUGCAGGCUUUCCACAACCAGGGCCCUGUGGUCAAGAGGAAGCAAGACAUGCACAAGAUGGCCGAGGCAAACCGUGCCCUGGCCCACUACCGCUGGUGGUAGCAGGAGCAGGGGAGAGGCUCCAGGAGGAGCUCUGGCCCUUAUGCUGCAAGAAACAAUGUGAGCCAUCGCCACAUUGACAACUAUCUGGAGGUUAAGGACAUAGUCCCUCCUUAAGGGCAGGCCUUGAAGGAAGGAUGGAGCAGCAGGGUGUUUGUUGCUCUUAAUCCUGUCUUUGGGGCUGGAAUUUGCUCCCCCUCUUCCAUCUCCUUGCAAAGAGGGAACGUGUUCACUUGGGGGAGGUCCCCCAAGUAAUUCGUCAUCUCCUGAGGUCUCUCUUCCCUCAACUUGGAAUGGACCUUUGGUGGAUAUGAAAGGAAACAGUUAUAGUAUCAGAAAAGAUUUAUUAGAAAAUUCUUAUCCUGAACUGGUCGGAUAGCAUGUGAUUCAUUAAAACUGACUGAAGGAAAUAGACUUCUUUCUAAAGUGGUCCGUAUAUAAAAUGUAUAAAAAGCA